AUGUCCGCCACGAAACGCAUCGUCGUCUUCGGCGGCAACGGCUUCCUCGGUUCCCGAAUCUGCCGCGCCGCCGUCUCCCGCAAGUGGGACGUCACCUCCGUCAGCCGCUCCGGCCCUCCCCACUGGCCCACUCCCCCAUCCUGGUCCACCUCCGUCUCCUGGGAACGCGCCGACAUCUUCCGGCCCUCCCAAUGGAUCUCCCUCCUGCACAACGCCGACUACGUCGUGCACAGUCUUGGAAUCCUUCUCGAGGCAGACUACAAGGGCGUGGUAUCCGGCCGUGAGUCCCCGCUGGCGGGACUCCGCAGGGCGUUUGAUCCGGCGAAGGGGUAUGCGGUGGGCGGGGACGCGGUGGGGAAUCCGUUGAGGAGAGUUCGGAGGGAGGUCGAACGAACUACUGGGGGGACGCAAAGAGAUGAAGCUACGGGAGAAGGGGGGGAAGGGGAGGAAGGGCCGGCGCCGACGGGGGCACAACUCACCUACGAAAUGAUGAACCGGGAUAGUACCAUUCUCCUAGCCAAAGAAGCCGCCAAGCAGGGCGUGGCCGCCUUCGGCUUCAUCUCCGCCGCCGCCGGCGCACCAAUGCUCCCAAGCCGAUACAUCAACACCAAACGCGAAGCCGAAGCCAUCGUGGCGCGGGAGUUCCCCGGCAUGCGCAGCGUGUUCUACCGGGCGCCGCUGAUGUAUGACCCGUCGCGGAGUGUGACGAUGGGGGUUGCGGCUUUGGCGACGGCGGGGUCGGUGGUGGAUGGGAUGGUGGGCGGGGGGUUGGGGAAGGUGUUGGGGUCGAUGGUGACGAGGCCGAUGAAGGCGGAUGCGGUUGCUGAUGCGGUGGUGGAGGGGUUGGAGGAUGAGGGGGUGAGGGGGGCGGUGGAGGUACAGGAGUUGGAACGGUUGGCGGAACGGGGGUGGAGGAGGACGAUGUUGUAG